UCGAGCUGCAUUCAGUCGCACACAGCUUUCCGGUAGAGUCAGUCGGAAUCGUGAAGCUAACGCGAAAGACUAAAACGAGAGUUAAACGCUGCCAGCGAAUCGCCGGCAGGACUCGCUUACGAAUUCGUGAAGUGACGAAGUGAACGCCGUCCAAGAAAUACAAAAUAUUGUUCCUCGACCUUAACGAAAUACCAGCAAAAUACAUAAAUAAACCAAGAAAUAAACCAAAUCAUUACACCAAACGUGCAAAGGGCUCCAGCUCCAGCUCCAGCUCCAGCUUCAGCUCCAGCUCCAGCAUCAUUAUCAUUAUCGCUGUCAUCGGAAUUAUUGUUGUACGCGGUUAGCGGUUCGGCUCGCGCGUGCUGUGACAAACCAGCAGCGAGGACAUUGAGCCCGCAAGUGUCGGUAUCUGCCCCGUUACCCUCUACCCGCUGAAAAGAGCCAUGUUGACAGGCUUAAAUGGGCUUUUAAGCGCUUAAAUUUCAAGGCGCUUUUCCUCUCAUUACGCUCGCGCGCUCCCUCUCAACGCCUGUCAGCGUUUUGGCUGGUGUCCUGUGAAAUGAUAUAUUACACCCAAGCAAAUAAAAGUGUUGGUCCAAAGUGCGAAUACGCUCUCAGCCAAAAAGGAUUAAGCACUUCGUGCCCGACACCGUCUCUCCGUGUGUGAGUGUGCGUGCGUAUUCUCGUGUUGUGCGUGUUAACUGGCCAUAAGGCCGCGCGUCUCUGUGGCAUAGCCAAUGAAAGGAUUAAAGGCAUAACAUUUCAUAUCAGUUGACAGUCCACAGGACACACGGAGCACAGGCCACAGCAGGAUACAGCACAUUGGGCAGAGGACGGACGCCUCUACGCCUAAGCUGAUUGCGUUUUGAUACGACUCUGCUCCGAACGCAGCAGCUGGCCAGCCGGACAACCAGUCGAGCAGACGACACAAAAAGGCCACCAGGACAAGCUAGCCAGGCUGGACACAUGCUCGAUACUAGCAACUGCCACUGGCACUGGGCGAGACGUUGCCAACGUGACGAGCUAAGCCACCAGCAGGAGUAGCAGUUGGUCAAGAGAGAAGCAGCCACAGAAGAGGGUAGAAGCUGGCCAAUAAAAAAGCUAACGAAAUUCGUGCAGAGUCAGAGUCAGAUGCGAAAAUGCUGAUGGCGCUUGCAGUCGACAGCCGAAUUCAGCAACAACAGCAACAACAACAACAACUGCAACAACAACAACAACAGCAACAGACGCAACCGCAACAAAAACAAAACUGGAAAAGUUGAGCAGGGACAGAGGCUGCAGCGGCUGAAAAGUUCCAAAAUUUACCAGACACAAAUUUCGUAGAGCUCUGCUCGACGUCGCUCGUCGCUUUGUGGUUGCAUCCGGAACUGUUAGCAGCAGUUGCCAUAGACGUAGCCGUAGCCGUAGCCGGAAUUUGAUUUUAACGCAUCUUUUAGAGCCGCGUCGCCUGUUUGCCAACUGGCAGCAACUGGCAGCUGGCAACCAAAUCAAAACUGAACGGAAGAGUCUCGUCUGUGCCUGCGGAACGCUUCAAUGGACACACAUUGAAAUUGGCUGCCACAAAGCCAAAGGCGAGCUCCACGCCCCCUGAAAUGAGCGCCAAUUGCGGCGUCACAUGCACUGACAAGUUAUUAACUGCACAUAUCCCAGGCAGAUAAGCAUCUCCCGCAAAAUAACACCGACAAGAGCAGCGAGGAGGAGCUCCUACUGCCCAUCAUGGCCAACAGCUGCUGCCUGCUGCUGCAGCUCCUCUGGACAGCGCUGCUCUCCUGGCAGCUGCCUCCGGUCAGCGGAUAUCUCAACAUUUUCAUCAGUCACCACGAAGUGAUGAAGCUGAUGGGGCUGGAGGCGGAUUUGUUCUACGUGCACGAGGGAGCCAUUAACACAUACGCGAUGCACUUCACCGUUCCCGUCCCGGCAGAUGUUCACGAGCUGGAGUUCUCCUGGCAGAGUCUCAUCAGCUACCCGCUGCGCUAUACAAUCAGCAUCGAGUACGCCACCGACCAGGACGCACUGGGCACACCUACGCUGAGCAUUCCCCACAAGGGCAUAGUGCCGCAGGAGAUCGAGUCGUUCCUGGUGUACCUCCCGUGCACGGGAAACGUGAGCCUCCAACUGCCGGUCAAUGUCAACAUGGUGGUACAAGGACCUCCCCGGUUUAACGACACCCGACUCCACUUCAAGCGCAACAAGAUCUGUGCCAAGGGCAUCUCCCCAGAACCGAAUCAGUCACCUGCGCCUGCCCACGCCCCCUCCCAGGGACCCGCUCUGAUGAGCGCCGCUGCCUGUGCCUUGGGCCUAGUCCUGGCCGUAGGCCUCGUGGCUAGCAUGAUGUAUGUUCGGGCUCGCAAGCAGCUACGCCAGGAUUCGCUACACACCAGCUUCACUACAGCGGGUUAUGGCAGCCAUCAGAACGUGUUUAUCCGCCUUGAUCCUCUCGGACGACCGCCGAGUGCCACCGGCUCCUAUGCGACCAUUGCCAGCCUCAACAAGUAUCCAACGGAGACCAAAAAGUCCUGCAGCAUAUUCGACCGCUUCCGCAGCUCACCCACGCCCACACCCUACGCCACCGCCCUGCUGCCCAUGGGCGACCAGGCCGGCGAGACCAUUUACUCGAAACCAGAAUCGGUGUGUCCCUCGAGGAUUUCCUACUACGCCUCCUCGCAGCUAACCCAGCCCUGCAGCAUGUCCACGCCAAAGAGCAGUCGGGGCAACGGCAGCGGCAGCCUCUUUGGUGGCAUUGCCGGCAUUACCGGCAGCACCAUCACAGUAGCUAGUCACGGCCACGGCGAUAAGACCAAGGAGCGUCUGCGCCGCAUACCCAGCGUGCAGCCCGGCGCCUUGAGCUACGAACAGCUGAUUAAGGAGGGCACCUUUGGGCGCAUCUACGCUGGCAAGCUGGGCGAAACGUGCGAUGCCCUGGUAAAGACUGUCAUCGACGGCGCCUCACUGACGCAGGUGGCCUGCCUGCUGCAGGAUGCCUCACUGCUAAUUGGCGUCAGUCAUCAGCAUAUACUAGCGCCCCUGCUGGCCAACACCGAGCUGCCCGGCCCACCCGAGAUCGCCUACCCCUAUCCGUCCAAGGGCAACCUGAAGAUCUACUUGCAAAAGUCGAGGGAGUCUAGCACAGCGCUCAGCACUCGCCAGCUGGUCGAGUUUGGCUUGCACAUUACCAAGGCUUUGGCCUACUUGCAUUCACUGGGAAUCGUGCACAAGGAUCUGGCCACACGCAAUUGCUACGUCGAUGAGGAGUCAUACGUUAAGAUCUGCGAUAGCGCACUCUCGCGCGAUCUCUUCCCGGAUGACUACGAUUGCCUCGGCGACAAUGAGAAUCGUCCGCUCAAGUGGCUGUCGCUGGAGUCGCUGCAGAAGAAGAUCUACACUACACAGGGCGACGUCUGGUCUCUGGGCGUUCUGUACUGGGAGCUGGUCACACUGGCCCAGAUGCCGCACGAGGAGGUGGACAUAUUUGAGCUUACUAAUUAUUUGGCUGCCGGCUAUCGUCUGGAGCAGCCCGUCAAUUGCCCGGAUGAAUUCUUUACGGUAAUGAACUGCUGCUGGCACUGUGAGCCCAAACAGCGUCCAACGCCCUCGCAGCUGUUGUCCUAUCUGCAGGACUUUCACGUCGAUCUGGGCAUGUAUAUCUAAGCAACACGAUGAUGAUGACGAUGACGAUGAUGACGAUGAUGAUGAACUGACUAACUGAUAAGCACUGCAGGCUAAGUAUUCAAUUGAAUUAGGGAGAUGGAGAAUGAAAGAGAAAGAGACAGAGAGAGAGACGAUUUACGUGAGAUAAAUUAAUUGAAAACUUUUACAUUUUAAAUGUGAGAAUUGAAUGUGAAUUACCUGUUACCAAAUUCUCUAUGAAUGUAUAUGUAUAUGAAUGUAUGUAUGUAUGUGAAUAUAGUAUAUAGCAAUUUAUUAUAUAAGUAAAUGUUAAGGCGUUUGAGUGGCACAACAAACCAAUUAAGUCAAUAACAAUUGCAGCCAACUCCACUUGAAGGCAACAAAAGACAAAAUUGCAUUCGAGAUGUGUUCCCAGAAACGUUUUCUCCCUUAAGAGAAAGGCAAUUGCAUUUCAAAAUAGGAUUUCCUGAUAAUUGAAGCGAACACAUUUGCUGGAAUGCAAGUGUUCAAGUACAGUUGAGCAUUAAGUAGCUAGAAAUUGAAUACAGACAAGUACACAGGCUUACAAGGAAUAUAUACGUAUUUGUAUAUAUAGAUAUACGUUUAUCGAUAUUCACCUCGAGCACGAAUAAAAGAGAUACUUGAAUGCGAAUGAGAAUGCAUAUUUUAUUGAAUGUGUAUAUGACAAGAGAAAAAAGCUAAAUUAAGCAGGAAGAUGAGAGAGAGAGAGAGAGAAAGAGAAAGAGCAGUGAAUAGAUUUGAAUGUGCGACAACAAAAUGCGGAAUCUUUUGUUCUCAAAUGUUGUCCUCAAUUGUUAUAAAAAAAAACGAAAUAUAUUUAUUUAUUUAUUUACCAAACGAGCAUUUAAAUAUUAUUAUAUUAUAUAUGAUUAUCACAUAUGGAUAUUUAUAAGAGAAAUAACAAAAAUCUCGACUGAUUGCGAGUCAAUAUGAGGCACUGAAGCAGCUGAAGUUCAAAUUAGUAACAGAAUCAGAAACGGAAUCAGAAUCGGUAUCAGAAUCAGAAUCAGAAUCAGAAUCAGGUGAAAAGGUAGACAAUGUAAAUUGCUUUCAAUUGUUAAACGUAGCAAUGCAAAUUCAAAUCAAUUGUCAAAGUUAGAAAAGUUAUCAACGAAAUUCCAUUAGAGACAAAGUGGAGCAAACCCAAAAUUAAAUCUCAUGAAAUGCACUCACGCACACACAAACACACACAUGCAUAAUUCAAAUACACACACACACAGCUUCACACUAAUUCAGUUAUAAAACUGACUACUAAUUCAGCUAACUCAGUCUGCCUGAAGUUUUAUUAGAGGCUUGUGCGGCUUCAAGGGAAUAUCUCAAUCGCACUUUAACUAUAAAUGCAGUGUAUGCUAAUUAAAGAGAAAUCUGAAACUUGCCAGGCCAAUUUCUAAUGUGCUUUCAGAGCUGUCUAAGCUUCAAACCAUGAUCAAUGAAGAAGUAUAGUGCACACAUGAAAAUUAAGCACUAAGAGAGCUUUUAAACAACUUAAAAGCUCUUUAAACACAAAGUGCAAAUAAGAAACUUGGCUUGUCAAGUUCUUGACAGUAAACUACAUUCGAGUAUUCAUGCGCUUUGAAAGCUGCUUAGACUUAAAGCUCACAUCGAAACUUAAGCUCGACAGGCAACAGAACUUUCAAGGCCCUUCAUCCGCACAAAGCUCUUAUACUUCUUUAAGGUAGAUUCACAACUUUUGCUCCUUGAACUCACGUCACUCACUAAGCCUACUUAGCUGUACUUAGCUAAGUCUACACGGUUUUUACAGGGUAUCUUCUAUGUUUUUACUGCUCUUGAUUAUGUUCUAUUUUUGUUGCAACUGCUCGUCCUGUUUCUAGCUUAGCUUAAGAUAUUAUUGUUGUUGUUUCAGCUUUAGUUUUAGUUGAAGUUCCGUUACGUUGUUUCCAGUUUCUGUUUCUAUUUAUGUUAUUAUUUGCAUUUCUGUUAAAAGUUAAGAGCAACUCAAAGUUGCUCGCAAGUCAUGCAAACAGUAAACAACAACUUGAAAUCCAAAUAACAACAACAACAACAACAAGAAAUGAAUUCAUAGAAUAUGCGGCAUGAAAUACGAGAUACGAAGUAAUAAUUAAAUGUUGUUGUAAUUGUUAAAAUGUGCAAUAAAACCAAAUAGACGAAAGAAAAACUACACAAUAUAUUGUAAAAUAAAAGAAAUACCAAAAAAGUAUCAAAAAUACUGUAUAAGCAAACGUUUUUCUUUGAAAAUACCAGCAAAUGCUUUUUCAUCAAACUAUGUAAGCUAUAUCACUCUACUAUAUAUAUAAAUAUAUAUACAUCUAUAUGUUUUCCUUCUAAGCACACUAAUUGAACAAACUGAAUUUUACUUUGCACUCGAAGGUAUCCAAAAUAUGAAUGUUACUAAUACUACUACUACUACUAGAUACUCACUAAAAAAAAAUAACAAAAACUAACUUGAGAAACGAAUAAUGAAAACCAGAAACUAGCUAAUAAUUCUCUGAUUCUGAUCUCUCAACUCUAUGUAGUAUAUAUAGACUAAGUGAAGCUGCUAGGCAGAUGGCAAACAGAAGAAAACCAAAAAAUACCCCAAACUAAGUGUAAAACAGUUUUAAAUAGUUAAAGAUAAUUCACAAACACACACACACACACAGCACUCACUCACUAA